GUUUAUGCACAGCUUUUUAAAAAUAGAAAAUUGGAAUUUUGGCUGUGUAUCAGCUCUGCAGGAAUAUUCAAAUGGAUUAUGUUUGAACUUAUCAAUUUGUACGGGAAUUAAUGAAUCUUCUUGUUAUGACAAGCGGAUCCAGUAACGGAGAAAGGACUUACAUAGUUUUUUGAAUAGGAAGGAACCUAACUGUUCAUUUCUUAAUACAGACGGAUUUUUCCUUCAAAACACUCUACAUGAAAUGAAUGUAUCAUGAAAAAAGUUGAGCCUUGGAACAGCGUUCGUGUCACCUUCAGCAUACCGAAGGAGGCAGCGAACAGACUGAAACAAUUAGCUCAGCAAAACAGUGAUCAACUGAAACGAUUGGGUAUACUCUCAGUUCAAGUAGAAGGAGAUGAUAUCGUUAGAUUAUCAAUCACAAGUAGAGAAGGAAAUAUACAACACGUUGUAGUUCAUCAACAAUCUCUACCUUCGGCUGUUAAUACGAGUGCCUUAGCUCACAAUCCUAAUGAGAUUACACAUGGAAAUGGGCCACACGAAUUUGAUAAUAUUUUGAACCAGUUAACAGCCAGCCACAUACAAUCUAGUACAUCAGGAUAUGGUAACCCAGACCAGAAUGUCUUCGUAGUGCCUCAACCAACAACAAAAAAGAGAACCACUCGAAAGCCUAAGGAAAAGAAUCCAUCGAAAACUAAUGUCAAUGCUCUUAUAAGUGUGACGUCUAACGGACCAGCAAAUUUAAACACGAACACCCACGACAUACUGGCUGGCAGGAUGGGAAUGUCUGGUGAACAAGCUGCUACAGACACUCUAGGUUUGAGCGACAUGCCGAAUCUCGAUUUCCAUGACUUAAUAGGGGCAGAUGGUACUUCGGCACCAUUAGAUCUCGAGAUGGUAAAUGAUUUAUUACACAUGGACAGUAUGCCCCAACCACAAAAUCCAACGCUUGGCAUGUCGCCGUCUUCUCUUAACUCUAGUCAAGUUCAAUCUCAUUUGGAGGGACCUGGUAUGAAUAGCACACCCCAUUCUCUUACGAAUACCUCAGAUCAAAACGCAAAUGAAGUAGACGAUUUAUUUAAUCUCCAACUCCACAGCUUUGAAACGGAAGAUGAUCAGUCAACCAGUCACUUAACUCCAAGCAUAGGAGAUUUGUCAUCGUACAGCCAAGAUCACAGUUUCACAAAUGUUAGUGGACCCUCUCCUAUCACUUCCCAUGCAAUACAAAGGCAAAUGAGUUUCCCGCAGUAUUCUUCAAAACAAGGCUCAAUGCCGGGACAUAAUUCACAGGGUAUGUUCACUGCUGCAACUGGGAGGCAGAGUGUUGGGCCGAUCAACACGGGACUUUCUUCUCCACACCAUACCCAGCAUAUCAUGCAAAACCCAGGUGUGGGUGCAGACUCGAAUUCACAAGUGCCGGGGAUGAUGCACCCAGGAAACCAAAAAGGAAAUAUGAUUGGUCACCAACCUGACAUGACAGGUAAAAUGUUCCCAAAUCAAGUAAUGGAAAAAGAUACCAUGCAGAGUUUCAUGGGAUUCGCUCCAAACAUGCGAACGGGGAAUCCUGGAAUGAUCGGCCUGCAAAACAGGCAGCCCAUUCAACCAAUGAUGCAACAGCCUGUUAGUAACUGGAAGAUUCCGCCUGGAUCAAUUUCAUCUCAGCACCCACAGCACACCACUAUGCACCACUCUCCGGGUAUGACCUCUCCGAAACCUGGCAUGAAUAUACAAAUAUCGUCCACUGGUGGGUUUAAUCAGCCCUCUGGAGCUAUCAAGAGAGGUUAUCCCGGUUCAUCUGGUGCACCGCAGUAUUAUCCUGGCAUGCAAGGUCAGCCACCAGGACCCGUCGACAGCAAAGGCAUGUCAAUGACAAGUCCUCUUCUCGUUAAUUUAUUGCAAACAACAUCUGGUGUUACCACUACAGGGACGAGCACCAUCGCCGGUGUGGCGACUCCAACACAUCUUGCCGUUGGAGAACAACCUAAACCUAAAAGGAAGAAACCACCGAGGCGGAAAAAGACUUCGAAAAACAGCUAUACACCACCUGCAGCAGAUUCCAUGAUGAUUCCAGGGCAGAUGCAACCACACAUGUCACCUCAACAUGGAGGUGUACGGUUGUCCCAGUCACAGUUUGGAGGUCAAUUCGGGAUGCCACAGGUUAACUCACCUGGACCAGGACAGUAUUUUCAUCCUCAUGGCCAACCAUCAGUGCCUCAAAUGCAUGCUGGAAUGCCGGAAAUUUCUAAUAACAUGUAUGGUCACUUUUCCAAUGGAACCAAUUUACCAUCACCUGGCCUUCAUCCUAUGGGUAACAAGGCAUCACCUGGCCAUGUAUUCAGUCCAGAUCAAAAAACUUCUUACAUAGAAACUAUAAACAGGAGUGAUGUUGGCUCAAGGCUAUCAUCUGGAACUCCAACUCAUAUGGCUCACUCAAGGGCUCCAACUCCCGGCCAGAGUCCUUCGGGUCACGGUCACAUCACACCCAAUCAUAUGCCUCAGUCAUCUGGCGGUACAAAUGCAUUCAUGGGCGCCGGAUCUGGGACUGUUCACCAUGGUCCUCGGAUGACGGGCGGCAUGAAUGGAAUGCAACAUCAUCAAGGUCGUAUGUUGAUGUCACCCCCUGGGAUGCAACAGCGAGGAAUAGGUGGACCUAAUAUGAGGCUGGGUGGACCGUCACCUGGGAUGCAAACAAGCCCAAUGUUGCAACAGUUUCCGUCACAACAACAGCAGCCGUUUCAACAGCAUAAUCCACAAUUCCAGUCCCCACCUCCUAACAUGCAUGCAAAUUCAGCAGCGAUGUACAAUCAACCGGGAAUGAAACAAAAUCAGCCAAAUAUCAUGACCUCACCUUCGCCUUCAAUAUCCAGUGAAUUUAUGCAGGACACGCCUCCACCGAAUGUUGUCAUCAACGGAUCAGAUGCGUUGCAACAGGCCAUCGCUUCACAGAGACAGCAAGUUUCUGGGUAUCAAAAACGUGUUGUACCCAGUGACGCAAGUAUACAGAAUGAUAGUGGCAACAUGCAAAGUCCAAGCAGCUUUUUUCAUUCUCAAGCAAACAAUAGUCCAAGCCAUGGAUUGAUGAAGAAUCCUACCAAUCCUGCUAUGUAUUAUAACUCUACAGCUCAAAUGGCUGUGGCUGGUCCUAACAACUUCAAUAACAGCAACAAUAUGGGUUCUGAUAUGCAUUCACAGGCUCCAGGUGGUGGGAAUAUCUUGUCUUUACCAACCCUUCCCUCGUCAACAGCUAGCAAUAUUCCACACUGUCCAAAAUCUGAUGGAAGCAACAUGACAGAAGCCACAGUCACACAUUAUCCGAUGAGUUCAAGGCCUAAAAUGGGUGUUCUAGAUUCUGGAGAAAUGUCGGUUAUUCUCAAGGGUCCGUGUAACUCACCUGCUAGCAAUAGUGCACUGAAGCCUUUUCCUAUUGUUCCAUCGUUAAAUGAAGCGACUACUCGGAAAAUUUCACGUCAGUCAAAGAAAUCUCCUGGAUCUGUGACAGAUGGUCAUUCAAGCAGUCCAGGUUCGAAUCCUUCACACACUCCCUCUCCUGCCAGUGUCAAAAGAAGCAUCUCAUAUUCUAACCCAACCACUCCAUUACAUCUUGACCCCCUUGGGUCUCCGACAGCAAUGCAGUCCCAUUCGAGUAGCAGGAGCACAACUCCAAGACCAAAGAGCGGAUGUACGACGCCUAGAAGCAGAAGUGAGACACCGGUAGCAAAUUCAGGCUCAAACAGGCGGAUGUCAGUUGAGAGACAUCAAGGCUCGUUCCCCAGUGGACAACAUCAUGGAAUACAUCAAGGCAAUCCAACUUCAAUCGCAAUGAACGGUCCCAGUAUUUUAAAUAGGCCGCCAGGAAAACUUGAUGCAGGUCAGCAACAAAGCACGACUCCCACUACGAGUUAUCCAUACCCGUUUCCUAACCCUGGUUUUCUUGGCCCUCAAGGUACUGGUGAUACAUCACCAUUUCCUCAGGGUCACAACCAAGGAUAUGUUGGUGCUCCUCCAGCAUAUCCUAGGGAUCAUCCUUUUUCUCCCGCAUCCCAGCAAAACUUUGAAACGAAAACAUUUGGGCCGAGUGAUGUCCCGCCCAAGUCCCCAUGGGGCCACACUGUUCCUAACCAUACAGAGUCACAUAGCCAAAAUAAUCCCACUAAUUAUGGCGAUUCAAAUCGUUUACAAAAGCAAUUACAAUCUACAUCCCAACGACAGACUAUGACACCAAACUCGUUGCUAUCUCACGGUGCCAGCAAUCAUAUGCGGGAAGCGCACCCUUUAAACUGUUUUAAUAGUCCACAAACUGCUCCUGGUGUGUCUCCUCAGUCCAUAGAUACGACAUCUUCAGUUGGUGAAACAAACGCUUGUCGUUCGAACUCCUCCCCACAUUUCUUCAACAACCAAGCACAAGACCUGAUAGCGAACAGUAAAGCAAAACAAAAAGAUAACCCAUCAGUUACUACUGUUCCAUUACAGAGCUAGUAAAUGCAGAUUUGAGUUGCAAAGAUAAUCAUUAUUUUUUCUAUUUAUUUUCUGAAAUACUGGGGUACUGCGUUUCAUGUUCUCAAAUCACAAAACAACUUUUAUACUAAUAAUGAGAUCUCUUUUUCCUCAAAAUUUCCCAUUACCUGUGAUACAUGUCGUUUUUCAUACAGAUUCUGUCUUGUUGUUGAGGGAGGCAUGAUGAUGAAUCAUUAUAUUACAGGGCGUGGAGUGGGGUUGUGGGUGUUCCCAAGCGACAAUGGAUCAUCCAUUUAAUUGUUAAAAUUUUCUUGUUGAUUUUCAAAUGAAAUGUUAAUUUUAUGUUUUGCCAUGCAAUAGAAACACUAUGAGAUGAUAGAUGAUAUUUUUUUUUUUAAAUAUUGGGUAUUCUAUUUUUUUCUUAAUAAGGGAUAUAUGAUGAUUUUGAAUGAUCAUUUCAUGGAUCUAUUUUAAUGUUGAGACUAGUUACACCAUUCAGAACUUUAAAGAUCGAUGUACUUUUAUUUUUAAUUCACACUCGAAUCAUUUGGAGUAUUUAAAUUUAACAGCUAUUUGGAAAGUCUUUGAAAUAGAUUAAAAAAGUUUUGAUUCAAAUUUGUAUAACAUAAUUCAAUUUUCAUAUUUGCAGUACAAUAAAAACGAAUUUUACUUCAAUUCUCAGUAAAAUUAAUUAUGAAGGUAAGGUCAAGAUAAAGUACAGAUACAUAAGAUUAUAGAUUAGAAAGUUAUGGAAUGUCUGAACUCACAUUACAGGGAACUUGUUUUCUCUCUGAUUCCAUAAAACGUUUACAUUAGCAUCAGACCACACAAAAUGAUCAUACAUUUUUUUAUAGUGUGAUAUAUUUUUCGAUGUAGGUUAUCAAGGGUAUUCAUAUGUUCCAAGGUACUUUAAAUUUCAUAAAUAAUGAAAUUAAUCAACCAUGAUCCAGUGAGUUUGAAAAUAACAAAAGUCAUUCUUAAUCAAAAUCAAAUGUCUUGUCUUAUCUUUAUUCAAAAUGGUAUCAGUAGAAUAAUGUUCUGAAAUCUUGAAAAUGGAUGGUUGCAAUAAUUUUUCACUUUUUACGUUAUUUUUUUCGAACGAGAGGUGGAGUAAUUUAUUGGAAACUGCCAUUGGGGAUGAAGAUUGCAUUACUAGAAACAAAAACGUUGAAUCCAUUUUCCUGUGUAAUUGAAAAUACCAAAUGCAAUCUGAUUUCCAAUGACAGUUUCCCAUUUAUUGUCUCUGUGCACGUUUAAUAUAUGAAAUGCUUGUGGCGUCAAGAGUAUUGUUUUACGUACUAUAUAUGAAAUGGAUUCUUUUAACUGAAAAUCUUUUGCACCAUACCAUUGGUAUAUAGUUUUUUGUUCACUAUCAUUUGAUUCGUUAUGACUGCAUAUCUUUUUGGCAUGUUUCAAAUAUAAUCAAAUACUGCAGUCGAACAAAUUCUUGAUAAUCUAGCCAUAAUCUACUCACACAAUCCUGUCUCACCAACUCCACUACUAACUACUGCUGUCGCAAAUUGAAUUGAUUUAGAAUGAAAUCCUAUUUUGUCCAAUUUCUGAUUGUAAUUUUGGCGCUCCUGAAGUGUGUGUACUAAAAUGGAGGUGUCUAAUUUUGUUCUCCUACUUUUUGUCAAGUUGUGUACAGAGACUGAAACCUGUGGGCAAGGGGUAUGUAUAUUCACUUGGCUAUUGUU